AUGGAAAGAAGAAAUCGAACAAGCAUCUCCGAGUUUAUCCUCCUGGGCCUUUCAAACCAGCCUGAACAGGAGAGACUUCUAUUUUUCCUAUUCCUGGUUAUGUACCUGAUCACAGUGCUAUGGAAUCUGCUCAUCAUUCUGGCCAUUAGAACUGACGCCCACCUUCACACCCCCAUGUACUUCUUCCUUACCAAUUUGUCCCUCGGUGAUAUCUGCUUUACAUCCAGCACUGUCCCCAAGAUGUUGGUUAACUAUCUAUCUGGAAAUAAAGCAAUUACUUAUACCAGCUGUCUGGCACAAGUAUUCUUCUUCCUUUUAUUUGGAGGAAUAGAUUGUGUCAUCCUUGCUUCCAUGGCCUAUGACCGUUAUGUGGCCAUCUGUGCCCCAUUACACUAUAAUAUGAUCAUGAGCCAAAAAGUCUGUGCCUUUCUAGUAGCACUGUGCUGGUGUUGGGCUUGUAUUGAUGCCCUGAUUCACACUGUCUCUCUGACCCGACUUUCAUUUUGUGGCCACAAUGAAAUCCCUCAUUUCUUCUGUGAACUCAGUGUGGUCAUAAGGUUGGCCUGCUCAGAUACCUUAUUCAAUGACUUGAUGGUUUACAUAGUAGGAAGCCUGAUAACUGUUAUACCCUUUAUCUGCAUCCUCAUCUCCUACAUGUGCAUUUUCAUUGCUGUCCUAAAGAUCCCAUCGACUCAUGGGAAAAAGAAAGCUUUCAACACUUGUGGGUCCCACCUUGCUGUAGUCUGUCUCUUCUAUGGAACAAUCAUUGAAGUUUACUUCAGCCCCAGAUCCACCCAUACAGCCCAAAAGGACACAACAUCAGCUGUGAUGUACACUCUAGUCACCCCCAUGCUGAACCCUUUCAUCUACAGCUUAAGGAACAAUGAUAUGAAAAGAGCCCUGAGGAUGCUUUUCAGCAGAAAACCAGAUCUCUCCCUAUGA